AUCCAACGCUCACUAUAACAUUUGACGGCCACCGAUAACCAUGACGGACAUACUCACCUCCGCCCCUCCUCUCUCACUGGACACGCCUCCUCUCUCACUGGACGCGCCUCCCAACACCAGCCUCGGGGCGAGCUACAAUCUCACCGGGAGUGAUGUGGUCACUCUAGCAGACGACUGGCUCAACGGAACUGACGUCAUGAACGGCACGGCCCAGGGCAACCUGUCCAAGAGCAUCCUCUUCCCGUCCAUCAUGUUCUUCAUCGGCGUCGUGGGCAAUGUGGCCGCGCUCAUCAUCCUCACUGUCAAACCCAGCAAACACAGCCGGUCCACGGCCUUCUACCACAUGGUCAAAGCCCUGGCCUGGACAGACCUGCUGGGCAUCGUGUGCUCUACGCCCGUGGUACUGGUCAUGUACAUCAACAAGGAAGAUGUGCUCAAAACAGAGCUCGUUAUCCGCGCCAUCAGCACACGCCCCACUCAGCACCCGGCCUGCACAGUGCGAGUGAUCGUGAACCAGGUGAUGCUGGCAGGACGAGAUGACGUCACGGCUGGGGGGAUGGAUGACGCGGUGGACCUGUGGACAGUGAGACUGGCCAGUGUGAACCAGCUACUGGACCCCUGGGUCUACAUCAUCUCCCGGGUCACCUGUUGUAGGGGCAACCGUCGAGAGUAA